AUGACGAAGGACCGCUUUGCCACCAGUCCGUUUCCCGACGUUCAUGUGUCCGAACUGGAGCGGCAGGAGCUGAUCGAUCUCGUCGAUGUCUACGUUGAAGACUACAUGAAGAAAUACGAAGAGUUUGUCCAAGUUAGCAAGCGACAAGUGGACAAGCGACGUUGGGAGCACAUAAAGUCAAAGGACAAUCUACACGUGUAUGCAGAACGCACUCGAAAGGAGCUCAAACGACGUGGAAUUGAGCCAGAGAACUCGCUGAGUGCAACACAGCGACUGAAAACCAACUCACCAGUGAAAGAUCUACCGGUAUUUCUUAGUGUUGGGACGUUUGUGGGUGAACUUGACGACCUCAUGUAUGGGGUCGUGAACCCGACGUUGGAUGAUAUGCGUAUCAAGGCCUCAUACGUCCACGAUAUUCAUAGUGCUGCAGUAUUAUGUCCGGUGGUAGGACCCAGUAAGGACGACCCGUUCCGGUCUAUCGUGAUCAAGUGGAUGACAGUCGAUGUGCCGCUACACUCAACACACCUAGUAAAGAGCCGUGACUUCGUUUAUAUCGAAGCAACUGGCACCGUGUUCCUCUCUAACGGAGACCGGGCUGGCUACCAUUUACUUCACUCCAUCGACUUCCCGCAGACUACGCCGUUGCCCAACAAGAUCCGUGCGAAUUUGUCACUCUUUGGCUGUUUUAGGCAGCUCAACCGAAACACUGUCGACAAUUUUGCAUGUGCUACAGUGGAUAAUGGAGGUGACAUGAUGCGCUCAUUGUUGCUCUCGGUUGCGGCGGGGGCGAUGCUGUCAGCAACCAACUACGUCUACUGUGGGCAGAUGAAGAAGCUGGCGUGGAUGUUACAGCGUCACCACUCGGCGUACGACACCGAGAGGAGAACUCGCAACAGGAAAGAGUGUGUGGUGUGUUCGAGGAAAACGACCAGUGUCAUUGGGAGCAUUGGCAAGAGCACAUGCAAGAUCUGCUACGGUUGUGUGUGCUACUCGUGCAAGAUUCGUCAGAAUAUGAGCUUUAUUGUAGCUGGAGGCAAGCUGAUUCAACGCAAGGUCGUCGUCUGUGCCAAGUGUAUGGGCGAAUCAACUCAAUGGAACGCACAAGAGGCUGCCAGGGACCAAAUCACAGACUACGAGGCUUGUAUGAGUGAUGGCGUGUGUACAAGCUACGAGGCUUGCACGGUUUCGUGCGAGUUGUCAUUUCUGGAGUCGUCAGCUUCGAUACUCGAUCAAUAG